AUGGAAGUUCAACGCAACCCCAAAGACUCUAUGAGGUCUACUUGGCGGCGCUCGCCUCGCUCUGAAUGGACCAUCUACCAUCGUCUCAUAGACCGUCUUGACUUUCAUCAUGUCUUUCUCGAUAAGCCUGUACCAGUACAUUCAAAAGAUGACCCGGUGCCAUAUUUGCCAGACUGGCAGAUGCAUAGAUGGAUCCUGAUCCAUGCCGUUAUCCCUUUGGCCAUUCACCACGCCUUUGUUUACUUGACAGGACGCAACCUCAGUGUCAUCGGUGCAUUUGCUCUGUACCAUGUCUUCCUCACAUUCAAUAGUGUCCGCGAAAUACAAAUUUUGCGCAGACUAGGCCAUAUUUAUGGCUUCCUUGAUGGAGACAAGCACGAGAGAGAUGGUGUGCCAGACGUGAACGUCAAAAAGGUCUUCAUGUCACUCCUCUCAGCAACCAACGUUCGCCCAAUGCUAGUCAUUGUUCUCGCGUACAGAAAGAACCAUCUUCCCUCCUUCAUGAGCUGGGCGUGGCUCCAAGUCGAGAUUGCGCUAUACGGCCUGGCCGUCGACUUCUACCUGUGGCAGUUCCAUCGCACUCACCAUCUGACCAAACACCCCAACCCUUUACUUACUUUGUACGCGAACGGUGUCCAGGAAAUCUUUGACAUGAUUGUCUUGGGACAUAGCGGACUGAGAAUCUAUGCGACCGCGCCGACGCCACUGAGCUGGUUGUACAAACGGCUUGAUGUAGAGGGUAUUAUUGAAGAUCAUGACUUGCAUCACCGAAGGGGCUGGAAGAGCAGUUUCAAUUACGGCAAGCAUUCGCGUGUGUGGGACACUAUUUGGAGCACGGUGACGGAUCGGGUCGAGUGCAAGCCGGGGAGCAUUGACCAUAUCAAUCAAUACAGCGUCGUUUCCAGUGUGAUUGAGUUGGAGAGGCGGUUGCCAGAAGUUGCCUAUCAAGCGAUUGCUGGUUACACUUUACCUGUGGCCAAUCACGGUUGGUUCCCCCUUUCUCCAAAUUUGUACGGUCCAGUAGCUUGUCGACCUCUGGCGCAGAGAAAACAAAGACCUGGAUCACUACCCGCCAUACGAGCAUACUCGCGACUGUCCAGAGGUCUACGAGGCCAUUCUGACGGCUCGAUCAUGACUACCACGGUCGAAGUUGCGACAGUUCCGUCGACUGAUACUCCAGGAACCUGCAUUUACCUCCACCAUGACAAGAGGUCGUACAUCUUCGGCCAGGUGGCUGAAGGCACACAGCGAGCCUUUGGGAGUCGAAAGAUUCACAUGGGAGGCACGGAGCACGUCUUUCUCAGCGGAAGCAUUGGCUGGAACCAAAUGGGUGGCUUGAUAGGAUAUCUGCUCAGUGUUGGUGGCGCAAUCGAUGCAGCAAAGGAACACACGGCCACCGAGAAUGCCAAGAGGAAAGAAAAAGGGCAGAAGCUACUCAAACCUGCAGUUCACGGAGGCAUUGAUGUUCAUGGAGGAGACAAUCUCUGCCACAUCUUGGCGGCCUGUCGACCGGUCAUCUUUCGACAACCCAUCAGCGUACGGCCUCACGAACUUCGGGAAGAUCCUCGAAGCAUCGACCCUACCAAGACGGAACCAGACUGGGUGGAUGACGCUGUUCGGGUGUGGAAAGUGCCCGCAAGGAGGACUCGGUCGACUAGUCCCCCGAAACGCCGCCACGAAGAAAUUUCAAACGGCAAUGGGCAGUCACAAGGCCAAACAUUGAAAAGGCGAUCAGUGGUUUCCGACCCAGAAGUUGCCGGUAUGAUUGUGGAGCGGAUCAUGUUUAGCGGCAGCCUCAAUAACAGAUCAGUCUUGUUACCUCGAAAAAGUCGCGACUUAAAGCCUACAGAUAAAGCGGUCAUCAUCGACGGGAAGACCUUGAGAGCUUACCGGGGACCACCGGCUUCAGACGACGCCGAGCCCUCAAAUCCAGACCUCACUGCCUGGGUGUUCCCAGACCCUGGUGACAACGCUGGGGACGUAAAGAAUGAAGACGCCCUGGCCAUCAAUCACUUUCCCCUCCCCAAAACCGCCUAUGGAGACAUGUCAAUGUCCUAUAUCGUCAAGUGCCAUGAUCGAAGGGGUAAAUUUAACGCCGUCGUCGCAAAGGAACACGGUGUACAGCCCCGGGACUUCAAGUUGCUUACCGCCGGGCAAUCGGUGGAAGGAAAGAAUGGUAAGGUGGUUACGCCUGAUAUGGUGCUAGGGGAGCGUCAGCCUGGGAAGGGUAUCAUCAUUGCAGACAUUGCUUCACCAGACUUCCUCGAGUCAUUCCUAGGGCGGCCAGAAUGGGAAUGUCCAGAGAUGAUGGAGCAUAUCUGCGUCAUGUACUGGAUUUUGGGUAGUGACUUGAACUCUGAUGCCCGGAUCAAGAAGUUCAUUGAGAAGCGCCCCCACAUCAAGCACAUUUUUUGCUCACAGGAUACAUGUCCCAACAUGAUUACACAUCCUGGUGCUGCCGAAAUCCAAACCAAGCUGCGAAGAAUUGACCCCGAACGCUUCCCCUUGCCAAAGUUUGACAACACCAUCAAGCAUCCGGUUCUGCCUGCCGGGUCGCCCAUUGAGUUUGGCCGCGCAGGCAAGAAGUUUCAACUCAUGCCUCGCCUCACCUUUGACGACCAGGCAAUGGCCCCAUUCCCAGACUUGCUAGGUGCCGCAAAAUCGGUAGAUGAAGAGCUGACAACGCUUGCCGAAGAAGCCAAAGCCGAGGCAACAAAUGCCGAAUUCCUAGCCCAAGUCGAAGAAACAGAAAAGGACAUCCCCAACAGGGACGCUGAAAUCAUCCCAUUGGGAACCGGCUCGUCUGUGCCCAGCAAACACCGCAACGUCUCAGCAACGCUUAUUCGAGUUCCCGGUAUAGGAAACUACCUCCUCGACUGUGGCGAAGGCACCCUUGGCCAAAUUCGCCGCGCCUUCGACGCCGAGGAAGCAGCCGAUGUCCUCCGUAACCUCAAAUGCAUCGUCAUCAGCCACGUCCACGCCGACCACCAUAUGGGGACCGCAUCGCUCAUCAAAGCCUGGUACGAGCAGUCCCUACGCGACGGCACCAACACAACACUCGCCAUCUCCUGCAUCGGGCGCUAUCGCAGCAUGCUCGAAGAACUAUCUCAGGUCGAAGACCUAGGCUUCCACCGCCUGCGGUUCCCUAGCUGUCCCUUCCCGAACGGCAAGGACCGCGACAUGACCACCGCAGAGGACCUCGGCGAAGAAAACUUUGGCCUCGCGUCCAUCAAGCGCAUCCCUGUCCCUCACUGCUGGCGCUCGUACGGCACGCAGCUCGAAUUAACGUCUGGUCUGCGCAUAGCAUACUCGGGCGACUGCAGGCCCUCGAGCGCCUUUGCUCAGGGCUGCAAGGGAGCCCACCUGCUCGUCCACGAGUGCACAUUCGGCGACGAUAAACAGGAUCACGCCAAGGCCAAGAAGCAUUCCACCAUGGCAGAGGCGCUUUCUGUGGCGCGAGAGAUGGAAGCCCGGAGAACACUGUUGACGCAUUUUUCGCAACGGUACUCCAAGGCAGAUUCGUUGAAGCGCGACCGGGUACAUGGCGAGGAGCAUAGCGUCUUGCUGGCGUUUGACUUGAUGAGAGUCAAGUUGGGGGAUUUCCAAAAGGCAGCGUGUUACAUCCCUGCCGUGCAGAAGUUGAUGGAGAAACUGGCGGAUUAG